AAACAGGGAAGAAGACGAAGCGGAAGUGUUACUUUUCCGUGUUGUUGUGGUUUCCGUGUCCUCUUGUGAGUCUCUUGUCAGCUUGUGCGAAACUUUCAUGAGUUAGCAAAGGGCGCUCCCUCCUCGGGUCGUCAUGUUUCCUCUGAACAUCAGCCGCAGGUUUCGUCCUUGCAUAGUUUCGCAGGUGUUGAGCGGCGUCCACCCCGCAGCCCCGCCACAUGGCAGGCGCUUCUCCGCGGCUGCUGUCAGAGCCGUGCCGGUGCCGCUGCAGGCGCUCCGUGCUGGCACAAGGUCGUUUCUCCAGCUCUCCACCAAGGUGGAGUCCCGGUGUCUCUCCACAUCAAGCAGCAGUGAGGAGGGGAACCUCAUUUACACCGGCAGCCUCGGCACAGCUGUCCGUGGGGUGAAGAUGUUUUCCUACACCAGCAGUGGCGCCAGCUUGUGCCUGAUGCCCCACGUCAUGUUAAACAGCGGCCUGGCCCUGCAGAGCUUACCCGUGCAGGCUGCCUUCUGCGGUAUCAUCGGCUUCUUCACCUUCCUCACCCCCGUCCUUCUCCAUCUCGUCACCAAGGGCUACGUGGUGCGGCUCUACCACAAGGCCGACAGCGACACCUACACCGCCGUCACCUACAACUUCCUCCUGAUGGAGAAAAGGACUGUGUUCCAGCAGAGGCAGGUGAGGAUCCCAGAGGUCAGCAAGAUGUUCACAACCUUUUACGCCGACAAGACGGGACUGCUGGUCAACCCCGACCUGUUCCCUCUAGCCCACGACUACAACCACCUCAUGGGCUACGAUCAGCCUUUCACAUUUGAUACGGACGAUUUAGAGAGGCCGGAUAAAAGUUGAAAAAGUGGCCGGACUGAAAAUAAAUGUCUUUGUAGCUGUAAAAUAUGAACGUAUGUGGUUCUCUGUGUGUUUUGUAUCUCUGUCGCUUAAGGUUUAUGAGUCCGUCAAUAUUAUCAGUAUUUAUUUGGCAAUACCACAGCAAAUAAACUGCCAUGUCUGUAAGAGAAAAUGUCAAACAAGCUUUCCCAUAAAACAGCCGUUUGCAACCAGUC